AUCUUGUAUCGGUUUUCCGAACGUGAAUUACGUAUACAAAAUUGUUUAUUCAUUAUUUGAAAUCACGUUCAACCGGACGAGUGUGUUUAGUGCUUUAACCUAAGAUUUCGGAUCAAAUAAUGGAAUAUUUUGACAACGUCGCUGACUUUUACGCGGGAAAGUCGAUUUUCAUCACUGGUGGUACUGGCUUCCUUGGAAAGGUGUUAAUAGAAAAGCUUUUGUAUAGCUGUCCUAAAUUAGAAAAAAUCUAUCUUUUGAUGCGUGGAAAGAAAAAUGCUACACCAGAGUUCAGGUUACAAAGCAUGUUCGAGCAACCGAUAUUUGAAAGAUUGAAAAAAGAAAGAAUAGAAGAUCUAAAGAAGGUUGUGCCAAUAACUGGUGAUAUUGCUGAAGAAAAUUUGGGACUUCAAGAAGAUGACCAAAACAUUAUAUUGGAAAAGGUGGCAAUUGUCAUUCAUGCUGCUGCUACAAUAAGAUUCGUAGAACCUUUACAAAUAGCCAUGAACGUAAACUUCGAAGGAACAAAACGUGUCCUUAAUUUGAGCAAGAAAAUAAAACAAUUACAGACAUUUGUAUAUAUAUCAACUGCGUACACUAACUCGAAUCGGCAAGUCAUAGAAGAAAUUAUUUACCCUCCACCAGCAUCAUACAAACACGUGUAUGAAAUAAUAGAAAAGUACGGCGAUGAUGCUGAACAGACUAAAAAGUUAUUAGGAGACCUUCCUAAUACUUACGUGUUUACCAAAGCGUUAGCGGAGAACUUCGUCGCCGAAAACCAUUUAAAUAUUCCAACUAUUAUAAUUAGACCAUCCAUUGUAACAGGUAGUAAAAAUGAGCCAACAGAAGGAUGGAUAGACAAUUGGGCCGGAGCAACAGCAAUAACUACAAUGGUUAGUCUCGGUUAUCUCAGGGUGUUGUUUGGAAAAUCUUCCAAUAUAAUUGACCUGAUUCCUGUAGAUUUCGUCUCGAACUUCACUAUAGUAGCGGCUGCGAAAUGUAACAGAUCUAAAGAACUGCGUGUCUACAACUGUAGCAGUAGUGGAACGAACCCUUUACCAAUAGGCAAUUUUUUUAGAUCAUUCAUAAAAGAAGCUGUUCAGAAAAAAAAAAAUGUCAUACCAUAUCCGACAGUAAUGUUUACAAAGAGUCACAUUAUUGCAAGAAUUAUAAUCUUCCUGACUCAGAUUCUACCGGCUUUUGUAUUUGAUUGCUUUCUACGUUUAAUGGGGAAGGAAGCGAGGACUGUAAAGAAACAGAUGAAGAUAGUUAAUAGCUUCUACGUGUUGGAAUACUUCACGAGUAAUUCGUGGUCAAUACAAUCAACGCAAACUCAAUCUCUGUUCGCUUCAUUAACAAAUUGUGACAGAGAGAAAUUUCCAUGCGACAGUUCUACUAUAUCAUGGUCAGAAUAUAUACCCGUUUAUUUUAACGGUAUCAUAUCUAAUUUGUUAUAA